AUGACUUGUCACAAGCUGGUCAAAUUUCAGCCUCCGUCACAUGCGACUGGAAGCCACGCGAGAUCCCACGACAGCAGUCACACAAUCAAAGUCUUGCUUGCAGAACAUCAGGCAGCCGUCGAGAUGCGCCGCAUCGCUUUCUCAUGGCUCAGAUGGGUCUCCAUUGCAGUCGUGGCGGCGAUAUUGAUUAUUGCCGCGAUAAGGGCCUCAUCACCGCGUUUACACAGCCGCUCAGGCCAAGCCUUGCAGUCUUUCCCAGGAAAUGCAGAUGCUUCUCAUCUCUUCCGCCGCGCCGCGAGAUGCGACUGGAGCACUGCUGGGUCCGACACUCCAAACCCUACCCAAUGUCAGACUUAUGUACGAAACGGCAAAGCUAUAUACUGCAUGAUGAACGCCCGCAAUGGCGUCAAACAAUCUGAAUACCAGGAUUUCGACGCUCUGCAUGAGAAUGGUUGGACGGAGACUCACGACAAGCUGGCCAGCGCGGAAGAAUUCAGAACCGAGACCACAGGUCUGGAGACUGCCUUCCAAAAGCUCCGCAUCUCCUCGAAUUACGAUCAGUGGGUGAACCUUGAGCAGACCCAUUCAGAAAAUGUACCCGCUGGUAGUACUGAUUCAACUGCAACGAUCCUACCAAAGCUUCGCCAAUGGUCCGACGUACAUGGGCUAUGCUUGCAGGACUACGCAACUGUUGAAGAAGAGCAGCCAGAAAAGCUCCGAGAGAUCAAGCAUGGAUUCAGCUACGCUAUCAGCGGACAGGACAUGGAGGAUGCCAUUGCGAUGGUUUUGGAGGUGGAUGAAGCCAGUGAUCUCCGGCCGUGGCCUGGUCAUAAAUUUACUCCAAACUAUCCUGAUCCCAACAAGUUCUACGCUCUGCUUGGAGCCUCAAAUGUCAGGGGCUUUGGAUGGCUUUUGGCUACACACAAGGAAGAUCUUGGCAUCAAGACCAUCAAGGCAAUCACUAUCUUCAACUGUCCUGCAGUAACGGCGAGCAGCGGUACAUUCGACCAGUACUGUAUCUACAUUGAAAUUGGAGAUGCAUAA